AUGGCUUCGUUGAAACGCGAGCGUGCGACGAGCGUCGAGGCGGCGCCCGAGGCGGCGCCCGAGGCGCUCGAGCGUCGCGUCGAUGACGACGAGCGAAGGAUCAAGGCGAACGCCGAUCGAGCGGCGAUUUACGGCGAGGACGCGCGCGCGGAGGUACAGCUGCGGUUGGAGUGCGCGAAUAGUUUUAAGCUCGCGCACGCGCACGAGCUCGCGCUCUGGACCUUGCUUCCGGAGACGGCGAACGAGUGCGUGAACCCGCGAUGGGCGUUCGUGCGGAAUAAGCCUUUAAUUGAGCGAGUGGUGAUAAUCAUGGCGCCCGGGAUGGAUCAUAAGAUGUGGUGCGAGGACGGCGCAAGCACGUGUCCGCGGUUAAAGCGGGCGCUCGGCGACGGGCUGAGGACAAUGUGCGACAGCCCGACAGCGGUGGGGAUGACGCUGUGUAAGUCGUUGAUGUAUUCUGUACAUGGGAAGCAGGGCUUAGAUGGGAACGGGGGGCGGAAGAAGUUCAAGGCGAGCACGCACGCGAAGGAUUUGUGCAAACGAAAAUUUGCAUACAAGCCGUCGCACUUUGUGCUCACUCCUGGUGACAUGAGUGAUAUGGUAUAUCCGCUACCAAAGUUGACGGAUGAUGGUAAGUUAGAGAUGGAAGAAGGAUUCGUAGCGACGCAACCCGCGGGGGAGGGGAUCGCUCGAGGGAGCGGGUAUCAUCCGUUCUUGGCGCUCGACUGUGAAUUUUGUUACACCGCGGAAGGCUUGCAGCUCACGCGAGUUUCCGUCGUGAAAGAGGACGGAGACGUCGUUUACGAUAAGCUCGUGAAACCACCUACUGAGAUUACGAACUACAACACGGCACAUAGCGGUAUCACGGCCGAGCAGAUGGAGGGAGUAACGACAACGCUACAAGAUGUCCAGCGCGAGCUUCUCGAGAUGAUUCCAUGCGAAACAAUUUUGAUCGGUCACUCGCUGGAGAACGACUUGCAUCGCUUAAAAAUCAUCCAUGCGAACGUUAUAGACACGUGUGCGCUAUAUCCGCACAAACGAGGCGCGCCCUAUCGAAAUGCUCUCAGAUAUCUCACGGAACAGUAUCUUGGAAGGAAAAUUCAGGAAGGAUCUCACGACUCCGUCGCAGACGCGCAAGCGACAAUGGAGCUCGCUCUUCUUAAGUUUAUCAACGGUCCGUCGUUUGGAGAAGUUUCGACGGAAGGAGGUGGCGUGUUCGACGUGCUUUCGACGCAUAAGAUCGAGUGUGUGAUGAUUGACUCGCCCGCGCUGUGUCGUCGUCUGCCGGCUGGUAGCGCACGUGUGGUUGAGGCACAAGACGACGCGGAGGUUAAGAAAGCGAUCUUAGAUCAAAUGAAUAGGCGUGCAUCUGCAGGCAAGAUGGCCGUAUUCGGUCAUCUUCACGACUACACCAAGGUGCUCUCCGCGGAGGCGCAGAGAGCUCACGCGCGAGAGCAAGAACCGAGCGAUAGCGAGCGCGUCAUUGCCGAUAAAACGCGUCGACAAGCGCUCGAACGCAUGGACGCAGUCGUCGGCGAGAUAUGGGAAGGCUUGCCCCCGAACACGCUUUUACUCUUCACAUCAGGCGUGGGCGACGCCCACACCCUGCGACUGGCCCAGGAGCAAAAGUGGAAGCGCCACCAGAGCAUUGGUGGCUGGGGCGCGUGGACCGACGAAGCCGAGCACGAUCUCCGUCGCCUGUACGAUCGAACAAAGCACGCCGUGACGCUCGCCGCGGUAAAGCAAUAG